AUGGCCCCGCUCACGAGACCGCUCGCCACCUCCUCACCGAGUAUCCUUAAAACCGGCCCUCGAAACCGCUACUUGUCUCUUUCCACAUGUCGGUCGGCUCAUCGUCGUAGUCAGGAUUUUGGCUCCGGCUUCUCCUCGAGUUAUGACCCUGCCAACGAAGGCCGAGGGCCCAUGUUCAAACACAAGGCCAACUAUGGCGUUCCCGAGUUUUACCCUCGCGAUCUGAAAAAGCGAGUCGAUGACUUUGUAGUUGGACAGCAUCGCGCGAAGAAGACGAUAUGCUCGACCAUAUUCAAUCACUACCAAGCCGUGAAACGCCGAGACUACCAGGAAAUUUCCGACCGGAACCACCGGGAGAAGCUUCAGAGACAGCGGGCGAAGGAGCAGUCUGACGAGCCGGCCUAUGACGCCAUCUACCAGACCUACCGCCACGAGUUUAAUGACCCGCAGGCGACCCCGACCGGCCGUCAGGGCGUAGAUGGAGCGCUUUUAGAGAAUCUCUUUGGAGGCGAAACUCUAGAAACCAACCUGCCGGAGCAUGUCAAGAUUGAUAAGAGUAACCUUUUGCUCCUUGGUCCUACGGGUGUCGGAAAGACUUACAUAUUAGAAACCUUGAGCAAGAUGCUCAAUGUGCCCUUUACGAUAUCUGACUGCAAUUCUUUCACCCAAGCUGGAUAUGUCGGCCAGGACGUCGAGACCUGUAUCGAGAGGUUGCUGAUUGAGGCGAAUUACGACGUCGACUUGACCCAGCGGGGAAUCAUAGUUCUGGACGAAUUCGACAAGAUUGCUAGGAAAGACAUCGCGAACGGGAGGGAUGUAGGCGGCGAGGGUGUCCAGCAGGCACUCUUGAAGUUGGUCGAGGGCACCAAAGUCACCAUCACCAUCAAGGACGGCAAGCUGACUCGUGCCACUCCUCCCCCACGACGACUUACAACAGUGCCGGUGCUACCACCGGCCCAGGCUCCCAAUCGCAAUCGCCUCACCCCCACGCCGCCGCCUGGGAGCAGGUCCGAACAGUUCAUCAUCGAUACCAGUAAUAUCCUCUUUGUGUUCUGCGGCGCCUUUGUCGGGCUCGACAAGAUCGUCAUGCGCAGGGUGUCUAAACCUUCCAUGGGCUUCGGCGCCCAGAUCAGCCCGCAGUAUUCUCUGGCGGCAGGAGGCAAUCCCCUCUCCCUCGACGACCUCUACCGCAUCUUGACCGAGCCGCGAAACAGCCUCGUCGCCCAGUACUCGGCCCUCUUCGAGACCUACCCGUCCAAGCUCUUCUUCACCCGCAGGGCCCUCCACGCCAUCGCCGAACGCGCUGCCAAGUCCGAGACGGGCGCGCGUGGCCUCAAGAUGGAGAUGGAGAGGGUGCUGGCCGAGCCCAUCUUCGAUGCUCCCAUGCCCUACAUUCUCAUCACGGAGGCCUGUGUGCGCGGCGAUGAAAAGGCCAUGUACUGGGGCAAGGACGGCAAGUUCGAGCUCGAGAGGCGCCUGAGGGAGGAGGAUGGCGAGGGUGCCCCGGAGACGGGCCCCACUUCCUCGUUCGAACAGCUUAGAGAGGCGGGCGAGAGCGGGGCCUAG